AGAAGCAUGGAUGCAGACUACGAAAGUAUUCUGCUUGUAAAAAACGAAGUUUUCGUUUAUCAGAUUCCACCUAGGACCAGUAACAGGAACUAUCGAGCUGCAGAUUGGAAGCUGGAGACCCCCCAAUGGACGGGAAGAAUGCGCCUCAUAUCCAAAUCAGAUAAACUCUUCCUCAAAUUAGAAGACCGCGACUCUUCCGUCCUGUUUGCACAAUGUCCAAUAGAAGAGUAUCCAGGGCCUGCAAUUGAACCAGUGUCUGACUCGAGUCGUUAUUUUGUGAUCCGAGUUGUGAGUGACAAAGGCGACAAGGCUUUUAUUGGAAUUGGUUUUGCAGACCGAGGAGAUUCUUUUGAUCUUAAUGUAACGCUACAAGAUCACUUCAAGAAGUUAAAGGCACCAGAUUUUGCACAAUGUUCAGAAGCGGACUCUCAUGCUCCGAAACUUGAUCUUAGCUUGAAAGCGGGGGAGACAAUUAAAAUAAAUAUCGGAGGUAAAGGCGAGAGUAGUAGACCGAAAAGACCUCAAGGCAGUUCAUUAGGAGGUGGAAUUGGUCUUCUUCCGCCACCCCCGGGACCGAGUAGUAGAAAUAGAGGCGGGACAACUCAGCCUCUGUCACCGCCACCGACUAGUGGUGUUGCUUCGACCGGAACUAGUCACAGCAAUGUUGCUGCUUUUGGAUCCCCGUCGACAGCGCCAACAACAUCUGCAGCCAAAACUAACGACGAUUGGUCAGAUUUUUUAGGUCAACCAGCUGCAAAUCAAGGUCCUAAAGGUUCCCAGCCGCCUGCAAGUUCUGCCACGCCUUUCGAGGAUCCACUGCUGCAAUUUUAGCCAGCCACGAAUGCUUGUCUCCGAUUUGCACCAGAUAACUUGAUUGAAAUUGGAAUGUAACAAUUGCUGUAUAAUUUCCUGUAGCCCCCUCUUCCCUUCCUUCCUCUGUAUCUGGUCUGAAAAUAGAACAUUGUUGUAAUUUUGCUAGCAAUCAAUUAUUACUUAAUCUGAUUUGCAGAUGUUCGAUUUAUUGUGUUAGAAGUAGUUUCUGAAAAUACAAAUAUUUAUAAUUUGAUUCGUAUUCGCUUUCAAAGUCUUUGAAUGUU